AUGAGCAAUGUACCGAAAAGUCCAAUCUCGUCGAAAGCGGUAACUCCCUCCUCCUCAUCAUCAUCAUCACCACCACGUCUGCCAUCCCAGCCAUCUCCUCCUAUGUCGCCAUUACCACCACCACUACAGCUGGAGCUAGAAAACAAUGAAGAGUCCUUACAGCUGGAGCAAAAACAAGAGCAGCAACAAGAACAACAGAAGCCACAGCCGAAGCAGCGUAAAGUCCAAACUGCUGAAGAAUACGCCCACCAACUUUCGCUUUGGAGAUCAUCGGGACCCCAAAUAAAUACCGAAACGUGGCUUUACGAAGAUUUGGACAAACUCAACCCAAUAGAAAACAAAGUCGACAGUGCUAAACUUCUCCAUGCUUGUGAAAAGGCGUAUUAUUUACGUGAUUGGCAUCAUUGCCUACAAUUGUGCAAUUUGGGAGCCCGAUUAUUUGCAGUUGAUUUGGAUCAAGUAGGAGAUGCAAUGAAACAGGAUUUGCAGCUGACUAAUAGGCGAAAACGGUUGGGGAAGAAGCAUGAGAGAAGUGUGGUUGACUUGUACGAUAUAAAGCAAAGAUGUCUGAGUCGAAUGAAGGAGAAAGACGCAGAGCAGGCUUUCGGUAGUUAA